AUGUCUGCUACUAGCCUUUUACAAAGCGUCAUCGACGCCCAUGGUGGUCGAGAGUACUGGGAGACAAUCCAGUCUCUCAAUGUGGAGUUUGAAUUCUCCGGAUUGGCGUUGGAGAUGAAGGGACAAUCUGGCCCUCACGACGUCAAACUAAUUGUCGACACAAAAGUCCAAAAGGUUACAAUCCUGCAAUUCGGAGACUAUUACGGGUUAUGGACUCCCACGCAGACAGAGGUUGGCAAGAUUGGCUCCAAAGACCCAGUCGACGUCCGAAAGAAUCCCAAAGACGUCUUUGACGACUACACCGCGGAAACGAAGUGGGACGUACACAACCUCUUCUGGUUUGUGGGCUACGCAUACUGGAACUACUUCAACUUCCCCUUCUACCUCGAAACUCCGGAGAUUCAGACUCGAGAGGUAGAUGGCCCGACGCGCGAGAAUGGGGAGAAGUGGACUUCGUUGGAGGUUGUUUUCCCCGACGGAUAUCCUACCCAUACAAAGGUUCAAAAGUACGACUUUGAUGCCGGGCAUCGACUGAUGCGCAUGCACUACUCUGUGGAUGUCAUGAAGCGAAAUGUCCCGUCGUGGCACAAUUGCUACAAUCACGCCGUUGCGGGAAAGUAUCUUUAUCCGACUCUGAGGGUUGUGAGCUCGUCUGUUCCGGGGAUGACUUUCUUUUCCCCGUUUACUUUGAGGGGAAUCAAGAUUGAGGUUAAUCACGUCUAA